AUGGCUCCGGUGACUCUCCAGACGGUUGAUGACGAUCUCAAGGAGGUGAUCCAGCACCUCUUCGAGAUCCAAUCCGCCGUCCACGGCUACUUGGGCCCAGAGACUCAGCAAGAGCUGGUCCGAAAGAUGUACGAAAGCCCUCCUGCCCCCGAAAUAAUCGACUACGUCGAUUCCGCGCGCAACCCGGACAUCUACACGCGCGAGUUCGUGGAGCUGGUGCAGCGCGGCAACCAAGAUCUACGAGGCAAGCGCGAAGCCUUUGCAGGAUUCCGGGACGUGCUGGCCCGCGAGAUGCGCAGCGCUAUGCCCGAAUGUCGCGACGAAGUGGACCGCGUGGUGCGUGCGACCGGGGGCGGCGAGCCCGACGUCACGGCGACUGAUGGUUCUGACGGAAUGGAAGGAAUGGCCAGAGGGUCAGCUGCUGGUCCAGGCGCAGCGUCAUGA